CUCAUACUAGCAGGCGCCCCAGCAAGUCAAACCUAGGUACCUCCUUCAGCUCGAUCAUGUUUAGAUGAUAUCUCCAACUCAGCAUGCAGUGCAGACGCACAGCUAGCUCAGAUUUCUCCCUCCUUAUCGAUUAGACUCCAUCGAUCAAGCGUUGACUUGCCAUCACCAAGCUAGCUGCAACCAUGCACAGUACACACACACACACACAGCUAAUACAAUACACGUACAAUUAAGAGAGUUGAAGAAUCUUUAAUUUGUCUAUAUAAGGAGCACCUCUCUCCUCUCCUCGCCUCAUCAACCCGGAAAAGCUAGAGCGCUACUCGAUCCUUGGUUUCUCCGAUCCAUCCAUCGAUUGGUCGGUCCAUCAGUCUAGUCUUGGCCUUGCGCAGCAGCAGCACUUGCUCUCUCCGGUCGGUCGAGGAUGGCCGGCGGCGCCAUCGUGAACACGGCGGGGGGCAAGGACUACCCCGGCAAGCUCACGCUCUUCGUCUUCCUCACCUGCGUCGUCGCCGCCACCGGUGGUCUCAUCUUCGGAUAUGACAUCGGUAUCUCAGGCGGAGUCACGUCCAUGGACCCGUUCCUGAAGAAGUUCUUCCCGGAGGUGUUCCGGAAGAAGCAGCUGGCGAACAAGAACAACCAGUACUGCAAGUACGACAACCAGCUGCUGCAGACCUUCACGUCGUCGCUCUACCUCGCCGCGCUCGUCGCCUCCUUCUUUGCCGCCACCGUCACCCGCGUCCUCGGCCGCAAGUGGUCCAUGUUCGGCGGGGGGCUCACCUUCCUCAUCGGCGCCGCGCUCAACGGCGCUGCCGAGAACGUCGCCAUGCUCAUCGUCGGCCGUAUCCUCCUCGGCAUCGGCGUUGGAUUCGCCAAUCAGUCUGUGCCGGUGUACCUGUCGGAGAUGGCGCCGGCGCGCCUUCGCGGCAUGCUCAACAUCGGCUUCCAGCUGAUGAUCACGAUCGGCAUCCUGGCCGCGGAGCUCAUCAACUACGGUGCCAACAAGAUCAAGGCCGGGUACGGGUGGCGCGUCAGCCUGGCACUCGCGGCGGUGCCCGCCGGCAUCAUCACGCUGGGCUCCCUCUUCCUCCCCGACACGCCCAACUCGCUGCUGGAGCGCGGCCACGCCGACGAGGCCCGCCGCAUGCUCCGCCGGAUCCGCGGCACGGAGGACAUCGGCGAGGAGUACGCGGACCUGGUGGCCGCCAGCGAGGAGGCGCGGACGGUGCGCCACCCGUGGAGGAACAUCCUCGAGCGCAGGUACAGAGCGCAGCUGACCAUGGCGGUGAUGAUCCCCUUCUUCCAGCAGCUGACGGGCAUCAACGUCAUCAUGUUCUACGCGCCCGUGCUGUUCGACACGCUGGGGUUCAAGAACGACGCGUCGCUCAUGUCCGCCGUCAUCACCGGCCUCGUCAACGUCUUCGCGACCCUCGUGUCCGUCUUCACCGUCGACCGCCUCGGACGACGCAAGCUCUUCCUCCAGGGCGGCACCCAGAUGAUCAUCUGCCAGGUCAUCGUCGGGACGCUGAUCGCGGUGAAGUUCGGGACGAGCGGGAUCGGCGAGAUCCCCAAGGGGUACGCGGCGGUGGUGGUGGUGUUCAUCUGCGCCUACGUGGCGGGGUUCGCGUGGUCGUGGGGCCCGCUGGGGUGGCUGGUGCCGUCGGAGAUCUUCCCGCUGGAGAUCCGGCCGGCGGGGCAGAGCAUCAACGUGUCCGUCAACAUGCUCUUCACCUUCGUCAUCGCGCAGGCCUUCCUCACCAUGCUCUGCCACUUCAAGUUCGGCCUCUUCUACUUCUUCGCCGGCUGGGUCGUCAUCAUGACCAUCUUCAUCGCGCUCUUCCUCCCCGAGACCAAGAACGUGCCCAUCGAGGAGAUGGUGCUCGUCUGGAAGUCCCACUGGUUCUGGGGAAAGUUCGUCGCCGACGACGACGUGCACGUCCAGAUGGCAUCCAGCGGCGCCAAGGCUGCCCACGCAUGAUUCAGAUGCACAUGCCCUCCUGCAAUUCUUGCCCAAGAUUAUCACAUCGUACGUGGAAGGUUUCAAUUCAAUUCUGAGAAUGUUGAUGCUUCCACUAGUUUGUACGAACAAGCAUUCCAUGUUAUAUUCAGCAUGCACCCUUUCGAGCCAAGUCA